GUGGACCCGCGCGCAAAGAUUGUGCGGGUUUGCCUGAUUUCCGACCCGUUUCCGUUUUCCUCCUCCGGAAAGCCAGAAAAGAAAAGAAAAGAAAAGAAAAGAGCCGCCCGGGGUUGCAUCUUCUUGCAAAGUCGCCGGCGGAGUCGAUCCCCUUGCAAGCGAAGCGCUGCAAAAGCAUGGAGCGCUGCGAAGGAGAAGACCCCGAUCCGGCCGAGGCGCCGGCGGAGACUCGCCUGUUGCUGGCCUUCAAGACGUUCCUGAGCUCCCGCAAAGGGCUGCUACUGCUGGCCCAGGCGGCUCUCUCCUUUAUCAUCUUCAUCUGCUACAUUGCUUCGACAGCUACACCUUUCAUGAUGGUGCCGUUACUGACAUUUCUACUUGCUUCGUGCUUUUUCGUUUCCUAUUCCCUAAAGCUGAAUGAGAAGUUCCGAGGCAUCUAUUGGCUUUUGGCGGAUUUUUUAUGUGGAAUUAUUGCUGCUAUUAUAUAUUUUGCCAUCUCCAUUGCUGCCGUUUCAAAGUAUACGGACACCGCAUCGAAGGCAGCCGGGGUAUUUGGGUUUAUCACCACCAUCGUCUACUGUGCCUACGUCUAUUUCACAUUUAAUGACCUGGCAACGUUUCUAAAACAAGAAGAUUCCUCCGAAGCCCCCAAAUCACAGAAGUCAGAAAAUGACUCAGAUUCAGAUUCUGACUGAUGAAUGGCAGAACCUUGAUGGGAAAUGAGGAAGACGUAAUGAGGAAAAGGAAAAAGAGAAAAAGCAGAGGAAAGAUUUUGAGUAUUUUAACCUUUUUCAGUGAACUUGAAUAUUUUAACCUUUUUCAGUGAACUUUACAGAUUGUUGUUACUACAACUGGGAUCACCAAAAUCAUGCUGGGAAUAUUAUUGUGUAUAAUUUACACAAGGAAACCUGACCUGCUGCUGUCUGAAGCUCAUUCAUUGCGGUAGAUUUUUCUGGCCAAACCUUUUAUGAACAGACUCCUUAUGUUACCCUGGGUGUAUAAAGAAGUCAUUAGCAUCUUGCAACAUGGAGUUUCUUCUGUAGUAGACAUAAUAUCAAGCUUUAACCUUUUUUCCCCCCUACUUAUUCCAUGGUUUUUGUUCUUGAGUUCGGAAGACAAUAGCUUAUUGGUUAGAAGGGGCUUGAUUUUAAAACUUAGAUUGAAUUUAAACUCAGGACAAAUUCAGCAAUAAUGAAAAUAAACUUAAAUCCCUAAUGAAUAAAGCCAAAAUAAGAUGAUUCCGUAAAAUCAUGUCAGAUAUUCAGUAAUUGCAUACCUAGACAUACCAAAGAAGUGUGAUGAAGGUGUUCCUUCUCAUAACUUUUGUGAUUGCCUACCUAGCCAGCCUACCUAACUUCAUGAAACCAGAGGUACAGAAGCAGAGCAUGGAUGGUGAUCACCCAGUGCCUAGGCUUUCGAUAGCCAAACCAGCCAAUCAAAUCUUUAUUACAGUCAUAUAUCAGCACAAGAAGGGUGAAAUACAAACAAUAAUUUGAUAGACAGUAGAUAGAUGAUGGAUGGAUGGAGAGGCAGAGAUUACAGUUUAAAAAAAUAACUAAAAAUAUUUUAUAUAUAUUUAGUUUUUAAAAACUGUUUAUUGACUGUAUUCUGGCCUAUGACCAUAAUAAAGAUUUGAUUUGAUUUGAUUGAUAGCUCCACCAGUAAUUGUGAGUUGUGAGCUAUAGAAAACUAUGCAAGAUAUAGUGGUCUUUUUUUUUUUUAGAUGUUCUCUUGAUCGAAAACUAGGAUGACUGAAAAGAAUCCCAGUAUAAUGUGAACCAGGCAUGCAAUUCCUUCUGCUUCUGGUUUUUUUUUCCCCUCCCAUAUACCAGUCCUUGCUUAAGGACUGCCCUGUUUAGCAAUGGUUCUAAGUUACGAUGCUGCUGAAAAAGUACCUUUACAACUGGUCCUCACACUUAAUGCCCAUUGCAGCAUCCCUGCAGUUUUGUGAUUGCCGUUUGUGUGUGCUUUGCAACCUGCAAGCGUUUACGACCAUCGCAGCGUCCUGCAGCCAACACAAUCAUUUAUCCCCUUCACAACCAGCUGUGGACGAGCAUGGAGAAGCUGCCAGUCAAAAAGCCCAAGUCAUGGUCACUUGAAGUCUCGCUUAAGGACCUGGGGUGACUCAAUAACCACAGCAGAAGUGAGGGCGCGUAAGUCUGUUUUAGUGACAUAUCUCCCAUAACAACUGCAAUCCUUAGCAAGUUGCCAGCCCAAACAGUGAUAACAAGGACUACCUAUAAUGAAGGAAACGGUGAUGCAAUACAUCUUUACACAAUAUUUAAUAUGCUUAGUACCAAUUUGUAUUAGUUUUGUAGGGAAGGUCAGUUAUCAAGACAAAGCAAACAUGUCUUUUCUUUUGAUAAAUCCUACAGGCAGGUCCUAGCAAUAAGAGAAGGAAGGACCCAGCAGGCUGGUUUCUGAACUGGGUUAACACAACAGUUUAGCUAUAUUCUGAUUCAUGCUUCUCUGGAAUUCCCCCAAGGAGCAUUUUACCGUCUUUGCUUCUUUUUAUAUAGUCAUUUGCAUGUGGUUUAGUCUGUGAUUUUUUUUCUCAAUUGAAGGAACUCUAGUGCGCGUGUCAAAUGGAACAAGGAAGGCAUUUUGGAAUUGUAGGAGUAAAUCUAUGUCAAUAUUUCAUUUUAAAGUGUUCACUAGCUUUAAUAUUAUUUAAAUAUCUGCACUAUCUGGAAAGAUAUGGGUAUUUCCGAUGUAAGAACAAUCAUAAUGGCCUAUUCUUGGCUACCUUAAUGACUUUUCUGUUAAUCAUCUCUUUCAGGGAAACCAUUCAGGGUUUUUUCUUGUUUGAAAUAAUCUUUGCAUUACAGAUUUCAGACAAAUUUUGGUCUGUAAUUCAAAUCCCUUAGUAACAACAGGAUUCAAAACCUCACUAAUAUGCAAAGUUGCAGAGGAAAAAUAAUUUUUGAUCAGUUGAUCAAAAACCUUUCCCAAGAACUAAUGUUUGAUUAUAAAAUUUGAACUUUCCAGAAAUGGAUAAAGGUUAUGCAGUAUUUCACUGGCAGGCACGUAGCGUUGAUGUACCUGUGGAAAUAAGUGCUAACAGAAUCAUAAAAAUGAAGGCUAUGAAGUCAUAAUUUACUUGUCUGAUUCUUAAACGUUAUCUCUGGAAUGUAAUUUUACCUGUACAAAUUUACUUCCGGAAUUUGUACCCUGGUUAUGGAUGCUUGAUUUAAUAUUAGGGUAAUCUCAGGUUAUGCCUAAAAUAAUAAAUUUGAAAACAGCCUUAAAGUAUAGGUAUCCAGAAGUCACUUCAGUUGCAGCACACAAAAUGACCAGUUCAGUUCCAUUGUAUUAACUUUUAUGAUUUAGACAGACAUGCUGCUGCUUAUAGAUGGAUUGAGAAAUGGAUUCAUGGUUUGAUUGUGUGUAUCUUAUGCUAUCUGAAUUUUGUAAUCUUUUGAUACUAUGUUAGCCUGUUUUUACUGUGAGUGUAUUUUAUAAAAAGAAAGGUACUUCUGCCUCGAGUAAUUUACUUACACGUGCAAUUGAAUCCUCAAGGUAGCCGCAUCAAGGGAAGUUUGAUGGGUGUUGGCAAAGUAAUGGCUUAGCUUUUUUAUUUAAAACGAAAGUUCAUAUUAGGCACUUUUAAAUAUAGAGAAAUUGCUAACACUAGAAAGGGUUGCAGUAAACAAUUAUUUAUACAUUAGGGCUGAGAAAUUCAUUCAGAGGACACUCCUCUCAACCUUGAACAUCAAAGUCUCCACUGACCAACGCAAAUGAUACAGGUAAUCUUUGACUUAUGACACGGUCCUUAAAAGGUAUUUGUGACCCACUUCCAAAAUUACAAUGGACACACAUACUCUCCACAAUCGUGUGGACGCCUUUCAGGUGCUUGCCGCUGGCCUGCAUUUAUAUCUAUCUCUUUGCAGCACCUCAUGGUCACAUAACCAUGAUUUAUUUUAUUUUUUUUGCUGAAUCUGGUUUUACUUUACUGGUUAAAAGCAAGCGAAGAAUAGGAAUAGAUUAACAGCCAAAAAAAAAAAAGUCAUAAAAUCAGUUUGGUCUUGAUGACGUUCUUUUAGGUAAGUCAAAGAAUACCAGUAGUAUAAGAGCUUUUCCUAGUUAUCUGAACAUGCACAUUGAAAUAGAUUUAAGACUCUGAGCAAGUACUGCUUGGUUUCCCAAAGAAUGACAAAUUCAAGUCCUUGUUAGGAAUAUCGGACAGUUUUCCUAGAUGGAAUGAAACAAUUGGGUAUAUAAGUCACUCAAGACACAAAUGGUCAACAGGUGAAGACAAUUAUUCCUACCCAUUUAUUAAAUCCUUUACAAUGAUUCCAUAUGAGAUUAGUACUCUGAAAGCUUAUGAUUUUGUCCUACAUACAAAAAUACAAGUUUUUUAAAAAACACACAAUGAAAAUAGACAAGUACCAUGAGAAUUUUAUAGAAUCCGAUAUCUUGGUGUAUCCCCAAAAAAAGUAUAGAUCAAAAGGCAGAAGGAUACUCAUAUUAAAUUUUACA